UACAGAAAAAAGAGAAAAAUCAGAUUGCGACAGUCGAUAUUAAAACAUGCAGUGUGUGAGAGAGAGAGGGGGAGAAACAGAGAGGAAACCAAGAUCCAGGCCUUUCCACAGGGACGACUAGAAAGAAAAGACACUUUACGGCAGUUAUCUUUCUCUCCCUCCUUCUGUCUCCCUCUGUCUAUCUCUCUCUCUCUCUCUCUCUCUCUCUCUCUCUCUCUCUCUCUCUCUCUCUCUCUCUCUCUCUCUCUCUCUCUCUCUCUCGCUCAUCAGCCCCGCGUCAAUUGAUUUGUGUAUGAACAGCUGGGCGCUUUUUCGCCCCCCUCUCUGCCUGUGUGUUCUGAAUGAUCAGCUGAUGAAGAGACUGAGUGCACACUGCAAUGCUGGGUUGCUAAUUCUCUCGCCUGCAGACAAGCGGCAGCCUGGAGACCACAGCCAGCAAACCCUGACCCUCAUUCACUCUUCAUCAUUCCCAUGGAUUGUUUCUACAGUCUCAGGCUGUUCUAAAAGGAGCGUCUGAGGAUAUGGAGGAAGAAAGCAGUUUGAAGAAAAGAAAAAGUGACCACCAGGGCAUCCAGGCCUCUGAGACUGGGCAGGAGAUUGUUGAGAAAGUCAAGAAACGACGUGGUCGACCACCAGCUGAGAAACUUCCACCAAAUCCCCCAAAACUUACCAAGCAAAUGAACACUCUUGUUGACAUGGUCAUCAACUACAAAGACACGUUGGGUCGCCAGAUAAGCAAAGGUUUUGUUCAGCUGCCAUCUAGGAAAGAGGUACCAGAAUACUACGAGCUUAUUCGCAAGCCUGUGGACUUUCGGAGGAUCAGGGAACGAGUACGUAACCACAAAUACAGGUGCAUUGCAGACUUGGAGAAAGAUAUUAUACAGAUGUGCCACAAUGCUCAGACUUACAACCUGGAGGGAUCUCAGAUCUUUGAGGAUUCCAUUGUGCUGAAGUCAGUCUUUGAAAGUGCAAGACAACGGAUCGUAGAAAUCAAUCAAGAGGACACCGAUGCUGUUGGAGGCAGCGAGGCAGUGUGUGCCAAGCAUAUAAACCUGGAUAUAAAAUCAGAACCAACAAAAGCCAAAUUUGACAAUAGUAGGGAGAGAAGCACUACUAUUUCUGCUAAUUCCAGUUCUAAAAUAAAGGGUAUCUACAGCGAUGAGGACAGCACAGAAGACCAGGAGGACAACACAGGCUUGGAGGAUGGCUGAACUACAUCUUCUGGAAAUGAGCUUCAUGGCUUUCUGUCAUCUUGAUAACAUUGGAAAAUGAUAAGCUCAUCAAAUCACUUGCAUUUAUGUAAGUUGAUUCAGUGAUCUAAUUGUUCCCAAAUUUGUUCCAUCAUGUGCACAUUAACAUACUUGCAUUAUCUUGUAAUUAAACAUAUAAACCAUCCUACUUCAUUAAAGACAUAAACUAAAUAGAUUUAUACAUAUAAUCGUGGAUGUUAAACAAAUAAAUAAACAAAUAAUAUUUCUGCCCGUUAAGCACUUUUUAAUGCACGGUAGCCUCAAUAUAGUAUAUAGUAUAUAGUCAAAGGUGUAAAAGAUGAACUCCAACAUUGGCCGGUCUAGGAAAAAAAUAUCUCAUAUAACCUUACCACAUCAAUUAAUUGUUGAAAUAUUUAUGAAACACCCUAUGUUCACAAUACACCAAAAACAAAAGGGACAAAUACAAGGUUAUAUAAGGUUACAACAUAAUAUAAUGCCAUGACAACUGACUUCAGAGCUCAGUGCAAUUUUUGAAUGUCAUAGUCAUAUAAUAGUAAUGACUAUAGUUUGCUUAAAGUGACAGUUGUAAAGUGUGUGUCUCAUUUCUGUUUCAUAUGUCUGAUGUAAAUGACAAUUUUUAUUGUGUCACAUCACCACUAUAUGGUUCUGACAACAAAAGUAAAUUCAAAGUCGGAUUUUUCAGGCAAGAAAAUGUCUCAUGUUAACAACAUUUAACUUGAAUGUUAAAUCGUGAAUUAGUCUAUCAAAAUAGAUUAAAAGCACUCACACUUUUUUUAAUGUCUUUAUAAAUGUUUAUGAAGAUUUAUUUCAGGUGCCAUGAUGGGCUCAUGCGUGUAUCAUGCAACCCUGUAAAAUAUAUUUUUUUAACAAUCAGGGACACAACCUUUUUAAAUUUAAUAUCUGGUCAUUUUUCAUAUAUUUUGGGAAAAGUUUAAUUAGUUGCUUAAAUUAAAUUGGAAAUUUGGAUAAAAAAAUAUUGUCACUUCUACUUUAGCUUGUGAACAUCUUUGGGAACAACACUGAAAACUGAACUCAUAUUUAAUCAUUCAAUGUUUUAACUAUAUGAUUAAUGAGGCCUGUGGUGUUUUUGGAGCAUGGUGAAUUUUGCUGGAAGGACAUUGCCCUCAAGAGAGGGAUCUCAUGAUAACACUGUCAAGAUAUGUGUGUAGUUUUGAAGGUUGAGAGAGAAAUUGUCUUUAUAGGUAGAUUUUGAAAUAAAGUUUUUAAGGUUUUUAUGACUUGAAAGUGCAAAGAGGUUUGAUUUGAAUCAUCGUAAUUGAUAAUAAACAUUUUUAUAAAUAGUC